GCUCUGUUCUCUUGGGCUUUUCUGAGUCAUGAUCAGGGUUCAUAGUGAGCGUGAUGGUGAUCAGUGGCAGUGUUGGAUUUCUUGAUGCGGUGAAAGCAUAUUUUACGGCUAUGUUAACAAGGAAAAGCAACGAAAAGGCGGAUAUUGGCAGAAUUUAUAGCGCUACAUUGAUGGUGGAGUAUGUAGCUAUGAUUUGUGUUGCACCUCUAUGGAGUGCUAUUUAUAGCCUAGGAUAUAGACUAGGAGGAUUGGGACUCGGAUUGCCAUUUUUUGGAGGUGCUGUGAUGAUGAGUUUAACACUUGCACUUGUGUGGAAGCAAGGGUUAGAAUCAACAAGGUAGAAAUCGGAUAGUCAAAUCAAAACAGUGGACUUGAUGAUAUAAGAAUGCAC